AUUAAAGUUCAUGCCACUAUUUCUUGACUGAUUUUGCUCAAUGUGCUCCUGAGCUUCUGGAAGCCACUUGAUUUCAGUAAAUCCUUGUAAUUCAUAUAUCAAACUGAUUAAUCUUUCUGUUUAUGUUUAGAUGGUGCCUUAUUCAAGAUGUACAGAAAGUUGCUCCCCAGGUUAUGCCAAGCUUGAGAGAGAGGGAGCCCCAGUUUGCUGCUAUGACUGUUCUCUGUGUAUGGAAGGAACAUUCUCUGGGCAAGAAGAUCAACUAUAGUGUCAUCAACCAGAUGGCUGAGCAAAAUCAUCGUUUUCCUUUUUCAUAUCGGAUGACCCCAAACCAAGAACCUCCUUACUCAGCAAUCAUCCAGUUGCUCCUGCAGUUCCAAUGGACGUGGAUCGGCCUCCUUUCUCAGGACAAUGAAAAAGGAGAAAAAUUCAAAAGACGCUUGGAAGUUCUCGCUCUCAAAAAUGGGAUUUGCAUUGUCCUCUCAGGAUCUGUCCCAGAAGCAAAUAUGAAGACAAGUGCUGGAGAAACUCACAUGCAAGAAAAAUGGAAAAUGUUCCUUUCUCUUAUCAAGAGUCAAAUAAAAAUUAUAGUAUGCCAACUGGAUUUUCAGGCCUUGGGAAUGUUAGUAACAAUAAUGCAAAUGAUUGAUACAUCCAUUGUGGGAAGGAUAAUUCAAAUUGUGGCCUGGGUCCUCAGUGCUGCCUCUUCCUCCCAACGGAGUAAGAAGAGAAUGCAAGUUGGAGACCAUCAACCACCCCAGAUUGUACAGCCAUGGCAGCUUCAUAGGUUCCUGAGAAACUUCCAACAUCACAAUAUUUCCAGAGAUGGGAUUUCUUUUGAUGAAAAUGGAGUUCCUGUUGGUGACUUUGAUAUCAUGCAGUGGACAUCAGUUUUGAACAAAUCAGAUGUGGGGGUGAAAAUUGGGACUAUGGUGCCUUAUUCAAGAUGUACAGAAAGUUGCUCCCCAGGUUAUGCCAAGCUUGAGCCCCAUAAGGGCAGUUCCAGACCCAGAGGGUCCAGAAUAUUAAAGGUGAAGGCUUCAAGCUUUGGACAAGAUGCUAGCGUCCUGGAGAGUGAAAGCCGGACCCCUUAA